AUGGAAAAGCUUCUCGAAGACCCCGGCGUCGUUGACGAGUCGAAGUUAUGCAAAGUCUGCCAGGCUGCGUCAGACGGCAGCCAUUUUGGCGUGGAGUCCUGCCGGGCUUGUGCAGCUUUUUUCAGACGUAGCGUUGUGCUGUCAAAAGAUUAUAUAUGCCGACAGCAGGGUGGGAUGUGCAAGAUUUAUAAAGGCACCAGAAUGUGCCGAAAAUGCCGAAUGGACAAGUGCAGACGCUUGGGAAUGAUUUCGGACCAGGUGCAAAACCGGCCAGCCGAGAAGGAGACAUUUCUGGAGUGUUCGCCAACAUCAUCUACAACUCCCGAUCCAGUCUACAAUAUCUCCAAGUUGAGCCCAAGUCAAAUCGCGCCGCGGUUAUACGAAAUUAACGACAUUUUCAAACACUUCCUCUCCGUCCAACGAUCCGUUGAACACUCCGUUACGAACGCGACGCACCGCGACGUCUUCGACACCGUAAUACAGAAAGUGGAACGUCCGAUGGCCAAUUUCCCGAUGAUGUGCCGGCUCGCCCGGGCGAUAUUACCUUGCGUAAUCGAAUUCGUCAAGUCCGUCCUGGCCCCGUUGCCGGAGCUUCAGCCUGAUGAGCUGUGGCACAUUUACCGCCAGUAUUCGCCAAUGUUAUGGAUGUUUGAGACGUCAUACUUUACAUAUAAAUAUAUGGAACCGGACAGCACGACAAUGAUGUUCACUCAGACGACAAUUGUCGACCUCAACAACACACGCUAUUUUUAUGAGGGUAGCGUGGCGGAACAUAAUGUGGAGACGAUGUCAAAUGUAAUGCGAGAGUGUUACCUCCGUGAUUGCGAUGCCGUUCGCCAGCUUCGAAGCCUGGAGCCCACCGAAAUUGAAAUCUCAGCCCUGAUGGUGAUUCUGCUGUGGGAUCAAAACGUGGCCCGUGAAAAGCCUGCUCUUAUCCAAAUUGCAUCCGAGCAACGGGAUAUCAUUUUCAACGAGCUGAGUCAGUAUUACAGAUACGUCCUCAACCUCCCCGAUUACGCUGUAAGGCUUGGGAAGCUGAUGUGCAUCUACAGCUCACUUCAGAAUAACGCCUCAAACUUCAAGGAAGAGCUGGAGCUGUUCAACAUGAUGAACCUCUCUGAUGGCAAUCACUUUGGAGUGGAGGCAUGUCGAGCGUGCGCCGCCUUUUUCAGACGCUGCAUAACCCUUCCGAAACCAUAUAACUGCACGCAGAAAAGUAAUAGAUGUCGGAUUCACAAAGGAACCAGGAUUUGCCGGAAAUGUCGGCUGGAUAAAUGCCGGCGGCUGGGGAUGGCUACAGAAUCCGUGCAGAAUCGGCCAGCCGAACAAGAAUCACUUCCGGAAACCGCGGAAGAGCCGAAACAAACGGCGGAAAAAAUCUCCACAAUACAACCGUCGGCUCCAAAGCUUCCGGACUCGAGCUCCAAAGAAGUCCCAGCAUACCUCACCGGAUUGGUUGAAAAAUUUCGGCACUAUUUAUCUGUGCAAAAGGCUGUGGAAUACUCGAUUACGGAAGGAAGCCAAAGGGAUCUAUUCGAUACGAUAACUGGGAAAGCUAAAAAACGCCUGGCCAAGUUUAACACAGUGUGCCGCAUGGCUCGCUCCCAAUUAUCAUGUACGGUUGAUUAUGUCCACUCUGUAUGGCCAAACGGGAUGAAAUUGGAGCAAGAGGAGCUGUGGCAUCACUGCAAGGCAUUUAUGCCAACGUUUUGGAUGCUGGGAUGCGCGUAUUAUACCUACAAGGAAAUGGAACCCGGGAGUCGACUAAUAAUGUUCACCCAAACCCUCGUCAUGGACCUUGAUAACAUACGACAUUUUUAUGAAGGAGCAGUUCCGGAGCACAACGUGGCAACGAUGGCAAAUGUCAUGCAAGAAUCAAUGCUUCGCCAGCUACACGUCGUCGGCCGGAUGCGUGAAUUAAAGGUUACCGAGGUUGAAAUUGCGGCCUUAACGACCCUACUUUUAUGGGAUGCUGACGCCGCCAGAAACCACCCCAACAUCCAAAAAAUCGGUGCUGGCGAGAGGAAGAAGAUUUUCGACGAGCUUGGAAGGUAUUAUAGAUUUGUGCUGAAUGAAUCGGAUUACGCGGCUCGGCUGGGUGGUCUAAUGUGUUUGUAUAGCUCUUUUCAGGGAAACGCGUUCCACUUUAAGGAGGAGCUGGAGCUGUUCAACAUGAUGAAUCUGUUCAAGCAAGACACGUUUAUCUACGAUUUUCUCAAGCAU